AUGGAUGUCACCAAAUUGGACGAAGAGGAAUUGUCGUACGAGUUGAGGGCUAGAGGGAUAGCCGCCAUGAACGAUGUAAACGAAAUGAGGAGUGUUCUACGUGGUCUGUUGAGAAUCGAAGUCGAGGGCAACUCGUUGAUGAACACCGAUAGUAAAGUGCCUGGAGUUGACGUAAAGAGUGAAGUAAAGACAUGCGUUAAAAAAUUGCAAGUCAUCAAUGCAAUGAUUGACAACAUUCAGGGGGACAGGUACAGUGAACAGUAUAGAUCGGCCGAUGCAAAAUUAUGUCAUUUGAUGAACCGUGUGGAUAAGUUACCAGCUGUUGAAAAACGAGAUCAAAAUGACAGGUCUAAUUUAUUAAAAGGAAUAUUGUUCUUAAUGAGAAAAAUGGAAGGUAUGGCGUCUAAUACAAGCGUUGUUGAAACAAAUACCAAUCAAAAUGACGGUGCAGCUGGAGCAGGUACUGUAGUCUUAUAUGAGAAAACAACUACCACAGAAAUGAAUUCAACUUAUGAAAGUGCUGAAUCUACUGCUUCAGAUGAAGAAGUCGGAACAGAGUAUUUUGUCCAACAAGGAGUAGCGAUAAAAAGUUUAAGUAAAUUGCAUAAAGGAUCAAAGAGUCAUAAAAAUGCAGAGACUCAUUAUACAGGAUUAUUGAGAAUUAUGAAAUAUAGAACUGCUAAGUUUAUUGAAUGGAAGCCAACUGAAAUGUCUAUAUUCCCUGAUGUAGAUGAAUGGAAUAUAGUUGAUACUGGAUACAAACAAAAUGGAAAAAAUAAAAAUGAUCGUAGUAAUAUUGAUAUAAAAAUUAACUUGGCCACAAUGAAGAGUUAUAAAAUGAAAAAACACAAAAAACAUCAAAUAUCAAUUCUCCAAGUUAAUGGUUCACUUGUUACAUUUUUGUUUGAAAGCUCACCUAUUAGUGAUUUUGUGACCGCUCUAAAGACCUUACUUCAUACAGAAAAAGAAAUACGACAUCACAGACCUACUGGAGUGAUAUUGGUGUUGGGUGAACGACAAGAUUCAGAUCCUCUGUGUCAGUCAAUUAAAGAAUUAAAGAUAUUUCCGGAUCAACCACCCACAAGUACAGUCUGGAGUUUUAUUAGUGGCUUCCAAAACAAUCCUGUGGAAAAAACGUAUGAAACAUUUGCAAAAAUUAGUGAUGUUCUUUUGACUCGCACACCAGACACAAGACCAGACCAAGAAGUGGCCGAGCUCUUAAAUAGAGCUGAGGAAGAUGACGAAUAUACUAUGGUAGAUCACCCUCCACCAACUGUAUUGCCACCAAGACCGGGAAUAAAGUCAAGAGGAAAUCCAUUAGAUCAAACCACUUUUUAUCAAUCUAUGAAUGAUGAGGGGAGAAUAACAAACGAAGAUUACAUUAAAAACAUAAUUUUUUAUGGAGGCUGUGAACAUUCAAUAAGACACGAAGUAUGGAAGUACUUACUUGGAUAUUAUCCUUGGAAUUCUACUCGAGAACAACGUAUAAACAUUGAUAAACAACAAAAAACUGAAUAUGAGAGAAUGAAAGUGCAAUGGAUGAAUAUGUCUUCUGAUCAAAUAUCUAGGUUUAAUAUGUACAGAGAUCGAAAGAGCCUAAUAGAUAAAGAUGUAUAUAGAACUGACCGCACUCUCGAUUUUUAUGCCGGAGAAGGAAAUGAUAAUCUUGUUAAACUACAUAAUGUAUUAAUGACUUAUGUUAUGUACAAUUUUGAUCUCGGUUAUGUCCAGGGUAUGAGUGAUUUGUUAUCACCAAUAUUGAUGAUAAUGAACAGCGAUGAAGUAGAAUCAUUUUGGUGUUUCGUGGGUUUCAUGAAUAGAGUUAAUACUAACUUUGAACUGAAACAAACUGGCAUGAAAAAACAGUUGAACGAUUUGCAUUACUUGCUUACAACUGUAUCACCAAAAUUAGAAAACCAUUUGAAAAAGAUGGAUUCCAGCAAUAUGUACUUUUGCUUUAGAUGGCUUUUGGUUUUGUUCAAACGAGAAUUUAUUUAUUCUGACAUCAUGCGCUUAUGGGAAGUAUUAUGGACAGAUAUUCCCUGUGCAAAUUUCCAUUUGCUAAUAUGUGUGGCGAUAUUGGAUAAUGAAAAGGAUACAAUUAUCAAUGAAAAUUAUGGAUUAACUGAAAUAUUGAAACACGUAAAUAAUUUAUGCGAACAAAUUGAUUUGGAUAAAGCUUUAACUACAGCUUAUAGUAUUUAUGAACAGUUGAAACAAGCACAGCCAUCAUUACAGGAUUCUGUUAAUGAAUUACUUGGAUUCUCGAUAUCCCACUCUGAAACUAUAUUAUCUAGUGACAGCAAUUCUAGAGAAGACGAUUAUGAAAAGGCCUUGUCAAUGAAUUAUACAUAA